AUGGGAGGUGUACUGUUCCCCGAUCGAUGUGGAGCUACAGUUCAUCUACAGUACCUACUCUUGGUGGAGGAUUUGCACAGAGCUGGGAGGUUCGCCCGGGGAGCAGCUGUGUUAUCCUACCUGUACCGUGAGAUAGGUAGGUCAGUGCUGCACAUGACGCAAUCGUCUUCCCUAGGUGGUGACCUUGGUGGAUGGGCCACUUUACUGCAGCUCUGGGCAUGGGAGCAAUUUCCACAUACAAUACCACUACAUACAGAGACGGGAGUGCAGAUUCCGAGGACGCACUACCACGUGGUGUUCGAUGGCUUCCAGCACUGA